CUCCAUCUUCCGUUCCUUCCCUUACUCGCGCUCGGCACGCAGGCGACGGCGGCGGCGGCGGCGCUCAGGCUCGGGCUCGGGCUCUCAGCGACGGCGUCAGCGGCUUCCCCUCCCGCCUCUCGCUAGUCGACUCGCGCCCUCGCAUCCGUUCCUCCGCACACCGGCCGGUGACCCUGCGUGCGUGCCUCUUUCUCUCUUCCCGCCUCCGGUGUAUCGACAACGGCGCCCGGUCCCGGUGGCGGCGCCGCGCGCGGCCUGAGGGCGGUGGGAGCCAGCAGCCGCUGCUCCACCAAGGCGGUCGCGCCGCUUUGGGAGCGCUUAUGCCCCAAAGCGAAGCGUUACCCGACCUCUUAGCGCUUCAACGCGCUGAAGCGUGCGCUUAGUGCCGUUUUUUUGGAACCCUAUAUCAUACAGAACAAGGUUCCCUCGUACUGGUAGCGCAUGAACACGAAGGAUUGAAGUUCAUAUGGUUCCUGCCGAGGUUUCGUUCUUGUUAACUAUUCAAGAAGUAGGAAAUGAUGAGCAACUUCCAAGCCACUACUUGCAAGCCUCACAGUAGGAUCAUUGUGAAGAAACCUAUAGCAAGUCUUGGAAGCACAUGUCAGUAUCCAUUAUAUUCACAUGCUCUCGGAUUCCACACGUUGCAAGAGAAGGUGUACCCAAGGCUAGUUCUCAUUUCUGCUAGCCACAAAAGGCUUACUUCUGUAUGUGCCUUAAGUGGAAAGGGAAGCUCUGGCACUGCUGAUGACCCUUUGAUGGAAUCUUUGAAGAAAGCUGUGGCUGAUGCAAAAAAGCCCCGUUCCAUACAAGACUUACUGAAGGAGCAGGUGGCUAAACUGAGAGAACAAGCGUCUGGUGGAGGCAGAGGGAAUGGGAAUCGCCGUGGAGGCAGUGGUGGUUCUGGUGGCCCAGAUGAUGAAUCGUUCAAGGAAACAUUGGAUGAAGUAGUGCAAGUUAUCUUAGCCACUGUUGCUUUCAUACUUGUGUACAUCCACAUAAUCAGAGGGGAGGAGCUUUACCGUCUUGCCAGGGACUACACCAGAUAUCUCGUCACCGGUAAGAGGACUGCCCGACUGAAGCGUGCCAUGCAAAGGUGGCGCAACUUCUCGGAGAGCUUCAUGCAGAAGGCAGGCUCAGAAGACGACCAAUAUGAGAGACCAGCUGUGUCAAAACCUGCAUGGUGGCAACAGCCUCAGAAAUUUGUGCAUUUUGUGGAGGACCUUUGCAGGGGAAACUGGCGUCCCCAUGCUCAGGAGUCUUAGUUGAUGGAGUACCCCCCGACCCAUUGCAGAAUGCAUACUUGGCUGUGAUUGGAGCAAGGUCGCCUGUCAGGCUGUCACCUGGGGCAGGUUUUUUUUUUUUGUUAUUUAUCGGAUAUUUGCCACUGGUUUCUUAGGAGUAUGUAGAAAGUCGCUGAAUUGUUGGCAAUUUUGCAGUUGAUAGAACCUCGUUUUGAGACUCUAACCUGCCAAGUCGGGUGUGGAAUUGUUUAUUAAUAAGCUGUUUGGUUUGAG